CGCACGCCUGGGUCCCCCGGCGCCGCGCCGCCCGGGGGCUGCGACCCGGACCCUCGGCGUCCGACCAACAAUAAGCGCCCAGACAGCCCCCUCCCCGCCCCGCGCCCGCCGUCCCCGCGGGCCUCGGGGAAAGUGAAAGGAGGAGGCGAAGGAAGGGAGGAAGGAAGGAAGGAAGGAAGUAAGGAAGGAAGGAAGGGAGGAGGAGCAGGAGCCGGAGCCGUGAGGUUCGGGGCCGAGACCCCAGCCCCGAGCCCCGGGCCGGGCGGGUGUGCUCGCUCUCCCGCCGCUGUCCGGCGCCCACGACCAUGCUCCGCGGUUGGGAGGCAGGAACCCAGGCGCCCAGCGACCCCCGGAUACCCUCUCCCGGGCCGGGCUGGUAUUGAGAUCAAGGCGUCCAGGAUCAAAAGAUCACCGCCUGCCCGCCCCCCUCCGCACCUCCAACUGGCAAGCCGGAGGACCCCAAUCCAGUCACCGACCCUGAUCUGGUCAUGGCGUCCAGCUCCGGCCUGGCGUGAGGACCCCCGACCCGCGCGAGGGAGCCCCCUUCCCAGACAACACCCUUGAGCCUGAGCCCGGCACACAGUUACUCCUGAGUCCGUGCUCCAGUACCGAGUACCUGGCUGGGCCCUGGGCACGCACAGGGGCCGUAGCCCCACUGUGUGUGGGAGCCAUGAGGAUCCUGGCUAACAAGACAAGGUUACCCCACCCCAGGAGGAGAGAAGCUCCAGGGAGCCCGCCGCUGUCCCCGCGCGGCCACUGCCCCCCAGCCCCAGCCAAGCCAAUGCACCCAGAAAAUAAGUUGACCAAUCAUGGCAAGACAGGGAAUGGAGGGGCCCAAUCCCAGCACCAGAAUGUGAACCAAGGACCCACCUGCAACCUGGGCCCGAAGGGCGUGGGGGCGGGGAGCCAUGGGGCCAAGGCCAACCAGAUCUCACCCAGCAACUCAAGUCUGAAGAACCCCCAAGCAGGGGUGCCCCCUUUCAGCUCACUCAAGGGCAAGGUGAAGAGGGAGCGGAGCGUGUCUGUGGACUCUGGAGAGCAGCGAGAGGCUGGGACUCCAUCCCUGGAUUCAGAGGCCAAAGAGGUGGCACCCCGGAGUAAGCGGCGGUGUGUGCUGGAGCGGAAGCAGCCAUACAGCGGGGACGAAUGGUGCUCAGGACCCGACAGUGAGGAGGACGACAAGCCCAUUGGGGCCACCCACAACUGUAAUGUAGCAGACCCAGCCAUGACGGCCCCACAGCUGGGUCCCGGCCAAGCCGCCCAACUUCCCCUCAGCGAGAGCAGCGCUCCAGGACCCCCACAUGGGCCACCGCCUGGCCUCCGGCCCGACGCCCCCGGGGGUGGGGGUGGGGGUGUCCCCGGCAAGCCUCCCUCACAGUACGUGUACGUCUUCACCACCCAUCUGGCCAACACGGCCGCCGAGGCCGUGCUGCAGGGCCGGGCUGACUCCAUCCUUGCCUACCACCAGCAGAACGUGCCCCGGGCCAAGCUGGACCAGGCCCCAAAAGUGCCACCUACCCCAGAGCCGCUACCCUUAAGCACGCCGUCCGCGGGCACCCCGCAGUCCCAGCCCCCUCCGCUGCCGCCGCCGCCCCCAUCGGCCCCCAGCAGCGCUCCGCCCACCCUGCCUUCAGAUGGGCCACCUGAAGACGCCAGUCAGGACCUGACACCCAACUCGGUGGGAGCAGCCAGCACAGGCGGUGGCACCGGGGGCACCCACCCUAACACCCCUACAGCCGCCACCGCCAGCAACCCGCUGCCUCCGGGAGGAGACUCCGGUGGUGCCCCGGGCCCUGCCCUGCUCCCGGAGGCUGCCCCCACAGGAAAUGGGCAACGGAGCCUGGUGGGCUCUGAGGGCCUGUCCAAGGAGCAGCUGGAGCACCGGGAGCGUUCCCUCCAGACCCUGCGGGACAUUGAGCGGCUGUUGCUCCGAAGCGGGGAGACGGAGCCCUUCCUCAAGGGACCCCCAGGAGGAGCCGGCGAGGGGGGACCACCAGCACAAGCCCCUCCUGCCCCCCAGCAGCCCCCCACGGCCCCUCCCAGUGGGCUGAAAAAGUAUGAGGAGCCCUUGCAGUCUAUGAUUUCACAGACGCAGAGCCUGGGGGGACCCGCGCUGGAGCACGAGGUGCCUGGGCACCCCCCAGGUGGGGACAUGGGGCAGCAGAUGAACAUGAUGAUGCAGAGGCUGGGCCAGGACAGCCUGACACCAGAGCAGGUGGCCUGGCGCAAGCUCCAGGAAGAGUACUACGAGGAGAAGCGGCGGAAGGAAGAGCAGAUAGGGCUGCAUGGGGGCCGCCCCCUGCAAGACAUGAUGGCCAUGGGGGGCAUGAUGGUGAGGGGGCCACCGCCUCCCUACCACAGCAAGCCCGGGGAUCAGUGGCCCCCCGGCAUGGGUGCACCGCUGCGGGGCCCCAUGGAUGUCCAAGAUCCCAUGCAGCUCCGAGGCGGACCUCCCUUUCCUGGCCCCCGUUUCCCAGGCAACCAGAUGCAACGGGUGCCUGGUUUUGGAGGCAUGCAGGGGAUGCCCAUGGAGGUGCCCAUGAAUGCUAUGCAGAGGCCUGUGAGGCCAGGUAUGGGCUGGACCGAAGACUUGCCCCCCAUGGGGGGGCCAAGUAAUUUUGCCCAGAAUGCCGUGCCCUACCCUGGCGGGCAGGGUGAAGCGGAGCGAUUCAUGACCCCCCGGGUCCGGGAGGAGCUGCUGCGGCACCAGCUGCUGGAGAAGCGGUCGAUGGGCAUGCAGCGCCCCCUGGGCAUGGCGGGCGGGGCCAUGGGGCAGGGCAUGGAGAUGGAGCGGAUGAUGCAGGCACACCGGCAGAUGGAGCCGGCCAUGUUUCCUGGGCAGAUGGCCGGUGGCGAGGGCCUGGCAGGCACCCCCAUGGGCAUGGAGUUUGGCGGAGGCCGGGGCCUCCUGAGUCCCCCCAUGGGGCAGUCUGGGCUGAGAGAGGUGGACCCUCCCAUGGGGCCUGGCAACCUCAACAUGAACAUGAAUGUGAACAUGAACAUGAACAUGAACUUGAAUGUCCAGAUGACCCCACAGCAGCAGAUGCUGAUGUCACAGAAGAUGCGGGGCCCCGGGGACAUGAUGGGGCCGCAGGGCCUCAGUCCUGAGGAGAUGGCCCGGGUGCGGGCCCAGAACAGCAGCGGUGGCAUGAUGGGUGGCCCACAGAAGAUGCUCAUGCCCUCGCAGUUCCCCAACCAGGGCCAGCAGGGAUUCUCUGGGGGCCAGGGGCCCUUCCAAGCCAUGCCCCAGGACAUGGGCAAUACCCAAGACAUGUUCAGUCCUGACCAGAGCUCAAUGCCCAUGGGUAACGUGGGCACCACCCGGCUCAGCCACAUGCCCCUGCCCCCUGCGUCCAAUCCUCCCGGGUCCGUGCAUUCGGCCCCCAACCGGGGGCUGGGCAGACGGCCUUCAGACCUCACCAUCAGUAUUAAUCAGAUGGGCUCCCCGGGGAUGGGGCACCUGAAGUCACCCACCCUUAGCCAGGUGCACUCACCCCUGGUCACCUCGCCCUCCGCCAACCUCAAGUCACCCCAGACACCCUCACAGAUGGUGCCCUUGCCUUCGGCUAACCCGCCGGGACCUCUCAAGUCGCCACAGGUCCUCAGCUCCUCCCUCAGUGUCCGUUCGCCCACUGGCUCGCCCAGCAGGCUCAAGUCUCCUUCCGUGGCGGUGCCUUCUCCCGGCUGGGUUGCCUCACCCAAGACAGCCAUGCCCAGCCCUGGGGUUCCCCAGAACAAGCAGCCGCCUCUCAACAUGAACUCUUCCACCACCCUGGGCAGCAUGGAACAGGGUGCCCUCCCACCUAGUGGCCCCCGGAGCAGCUCCUCAGCGCCUCCCGCCAACCCUCCCAGCGGCCUCAUGAACCCCAGCCUGCCAUUUACUUCCUCCCCAGACCCCACGCCUUCCCAGAACCCCCUGUCACUGAUGAUGUCCCAGAUGUCCAAGUACGCCAUGCCCAGCUCCACCCCGCUCUACCACAACGCCAUCAAGACCAUCGCCACCUCCGACGACGAGCUGCUGCCUGAUCGGCCCCUGCUCCCACCUCCGCCACCUCCGCAGGGCUCUGGGCCAGGGAUCAGCAAUAACCAGCCCAACCAGAUGCACCUGAACUCAGCUGCGGCCCAGAGCCCCAUGGGCAUGAACCUGCCAGGCCAGCAGCCCCUGUCCCACGAACCCCCGCCUACUAUGUUGCCCUCCCCCACCCCUCUGGGGUCCAACAUUCCACUGCACCCCAAUGCGCAGGGGACAGGAGGGCCCCCUCAAAACUCGAUGAUGCUGCCUCCAGGAGGCCCAGACUCCCUGAGUGCUCCCUGUGGCCCAGUGCCCAGCUCCUCCCAGAUGAUGCCCUUCCCCCCUCGGCUGCAGCAGCCCCAUGGUGCCAUGGCCCCCAGUGGGGGUGGGGGCGGGGGGCCCGGCCUGCAGCAGCACUACCCUUCCAGCAUGCCCCUGCCCCCAGAGGACCUGCCUAGCCAGCCGCCCGGCCCCAUACCCCCUCAGCAGCACCUGAUGGGCAAAGGCAUGGCUGGGCGCAUGGGCGACGCCUACCCCCCAGGCGUGCUCCCUGGGGUGGCAUCAGUGCUGAGCGACCCCGAGCUGAGCGAGGUGAUCCGGCCCACCCCGACGGGGAUCCCUGAGUUCGACUUAUCAAGGAUCAUCCCCUCUGAGAAGCCAAGCAGCACCCUCCAAUACUUUCCCAAGAGUGAGAACCAGCCCCCCAAGGCCCAGCCCCCCAAUCUGCAUCUCAUGAACCUGCAGAACAUGAUGGCGGAGCAGACCCCCUCACGGCCCCCCAACCUCCCGGGCCAGCAAGGCGUCCAGCGGGGUCUCAACAUGUCCAUGUGCCACCCUGGACAGAUGUCCUUGCUGGGCAGGACAGGUGUGCCCCCCCAGCAGGGCGUGGUGCCCCACGGCCUGCACCAGGGAGUCAUGUCCCCUCCACAAGGCCUCAUGACCCAGCAGAAUUUCAUGCUGAUGAAGCAGCGGGGGGUGGGGGGGGAGGUCUACAGCCAGCCCCCCCACAUGCUCUCCCCGCAGGGCUCCCUCAUGGGCCCCCCGCCCCAGCAGAACCUCAUGGUGUCACACCCGCUGCGGCAGCGCAGUGUGUCUCUGGACAGUCAGAUGGGCUACCUCCCAGCGCCGGGCAGCAUGGCCAACCUGCCCUUCUAGCAGUCCCCUGGGGGGUGGGGGCUGGCUGGAGCUGGGGCGGUCCCGCAAAUAUGAUACCCUUAAAGAAGUUCCUUCCCCUCCAGUGUUGGGAUGGCCUGGGUGAAGGGG